UUAAGAUGUUGUUGGCGCGUUUAAAUAAAUGUUUAAGUACACAUCAAUCAAUCAAUCCAAGUAACAAACCUUAGCCUGAAUUCCGGUGGAAAAAAUGGGUCCCCCUCCUCUCAGUGAUGAUCGAUCGGAAAUUGUGUUCUUCGACGUAGAAACAACCGUUCCUACGCGAACUGGCCAGGGUUUUGCAAUUUUGGAAUUCGGAGCCAUUCUUGUUUGUCCAAGGAAGCUGACGGAGCUUCGAAACUACUCCACUCUGGUUCGACCUGCCAACCUUUCACUCAUCUCUCCGUUAUCGGAGCGCUGUAACGGAAUUAACGCCGCAGCCGUUUCCACCGCCCCUACUUUCGCCGACAUUGCUAACACCGUCUAUGAUCUUCUUCAUGGGAGGAUUUGGGCGGGUCAUAAUAUCAUAAGGUUUGAUUGUGUUCGGAUUAGAGAUGCAUUUGCUGCUGUUAAUCAGACGCCGCCUGAGCCUAAGGGCAUAAUUGACUCUUUGGUUUUGUUGACUCAAAAGUUUGGAAAAAGAGCUGGUAACAUGAAGAUGGCUACUCUUGCUACCUAUUUUGGUCUUGGGCAGCAGACGCACAGGAGCUUAGAUGAUGUUCGGAUGAAUCUUGAAGUCCUCAAAUACUGUGCCACAGUUCUAUUCUUGGAGUCAAGUCUUCCAGAUAUAUUCACUGAAAAUUGUUGGGUUUCACCAAAUGCUGUUACAAGAAGCCGUAGUAAGGAUUCUGCGUCAGUAACAUCUCCUCAAACUAAAGAUCAAAAUCAUCCAAUCUUUUCUCUUACAACAAGCAACACAAAAGUGGCUGUUCCACGUUUUGCAAAUUCCAGUACAGUUCAAUCAGAUACUUUCAGCUUUCGCGAUCUUCAAGAUGAAAUUAACCGAGAAUCCAUUAGGACAGAUGUUGCCAUGAAUGAAAAAGCUAUGCAACAUUCACCUGCUUCAUCAGCCUCAUCUUCUGUGCCUCAGUCUUGCAGCAGCUCUAUUGCUGUUUUAGAGCCCGGAAAAAUAAGUAUUUCUUCUAUUGAUGGGUCUGUUGUUCCAUCUUAUCGUGGCAUUCAAAGGAUAGAGUUACUUCAUGAAGGUUUUCCAUUUCAGCUUCAGUGUUCUGGUUUGAAAGUGCGGUUUGGAAUAACCACAAAGUUUGCUGAUAGUGCUGGCCGACCACGGUUAAACAUUGUGGUCGAUCCGUCAGAAAGUUUAUGUAAUGUUCUUGAUGCAUGCGACAAUGUUGCGCGUAAGUUAUCCUCAGAGUCUGGUAGCAGCUCUGAUUGGAGGUCAGUUGUUAUUAGGAAAGAGGGCUUCUUCAACUAUCCUACUAUCAGAUUGCAUAUACCUACAGCAGUAUGCGAAGAGAUUGCGAUUUAUGCGACAGAAAUAUAUCAAAGAGAAUCAUCUGGAUCUGUGCAAAGACUUCUCUUCAGUAAGUUUGAUGCUGAAGAACUUGGUUCCUUGUUCAAGCCCGGGACAUUUGUUGAUGCAUUGUUCUCCUUAGAUCCGUAUGACUAUCAUCAGAAUGCAGGAAUUAAAUUAGUUGCCAAAAAAUUGAUCAUUCAUUGCAAGUAGAAGGAAUAAUAUAUUUCAACGUAGAUUAGAUGGUACAUACAUCAUGCUACCAGGAUUUAUAGAUUAAUCAUUGUUUAUGUUGCAAAGUUGAUUAUAUUUCAUGAUAUUAGUUUAAUUUAUGUUCACAUACAUAAAAUUUCUGAUUAUUCAUGGAUGUCAUGCUCUCCUUAUAAGGAUAAACAUAGUUUCCUGUGGCAAAUGAGUAAAUAAAGAAAAACAUGAGAUUAUUAA